AUGGCGUACUUCACGCUUCGGGGCGCCAUCACGUUGGUGAUGGUGCUCGUGGCACUGAUAGCGCCGCUUGCAUCAGGGCUUCCGAGCCUCCGUAUCAUGCCUCUCGGAGACUCAAUCACCAAAGGCAACGGCUCCAAAGACCAAACGGGCUACCGAAAGCGUCUACGUGAGUUGCUCGUCGGCCGAGGUGCUUCGGUAGAUAUGAUUGGCAGCCUAAAGCACCCUCCCACUGGCAUGGCGGAUAAUGACCAUGAAGGCCACAGUGGAAAGGUGCUCGCAGAUAUCAACACGUAUUGGAAGCUGUCAAUUGCGGCUCGCCCCAACGUGGUGCUUUUGCAUGCUGGCACCAAUAAUAUGGACCUAGAAGAGGAUCUCGAGGGCUCUCCUGAUAUGCUCGCAACAAUCGUUGACGGCCUUUUUGCGAACGCCCCAGACGUCACCGUUCUUGUUGCUCCAGUCAUCUGGGCCAACAAGCCUAGGAUGCAACAAAACACUGAUCGCUUCAACCCGGAAGUUAUUUCUAUUAUUGAGAAAAGACAAAAGGAUGGCAAGCACAUCCUUGAGGUUCCAAUCGACAUCACGGUGGCUGAUCUUUGGGACGAGAAACACCCAAAUGACAGCGGCUACGAGAAGAUGGCCAACGCUUGGCUCAACGCAAUCCUCGAAGCUGAUCAACGAGGCUGGCUGAAGAACCCUGUCCAGAGGGACGCCGCCGGCCUACCAGGCGUCGGCCUCGGCGUCGGAGGAGGAAGUGGCGGGGCUCAAGAGGAGAUUGAGGGCAGAAUCUGGAAGAAGCAGGGAACUGUCUUCGAAGGCUUCCGUACCUGGGAAUCAGUUGGCACUAUCCGUGAGGCUGUCGAGGACGGCAGCCGCGAUAAGGUGAUUCUGGCCGACCUCAACGGCGAUGGUAUCGCUGAUUACGUCGUCGCCGAUAGCGAUGGCACCAUGCGAGCCUGGAUCAACGGUGGUAAGCCCAACGACUGGACGAGUAUCGGCAAGAUCAACCCAGACUGGACGUCUAUCAAGGGCAACAUGAUCCGCCUUGCAGAUAUCGACAACGACGGAAAGGCUGACCUAAUUGCCCUAUAUGAGGGUGGCGCGGCCAAGGUCUGGAGGAACGUCGACAACGGAAAGAAGUUUGAAUCCCUCGAUUCCAAGUGGGCAACUGGCCUCGAAUCAAGGGAGAAGGUCUACUUCGAAGACAUUGAUGGUGACGGGUGCGCCGACUAUGUUAUCGUCUAUAGUGGCGGCGCUGUUAAGUGGGCACGCAACACACACAAUAAUGGAAAGGAUAGCAAGCAGAAGAAUUGGGAGACCAAGGUCACCAUUGCUCCUGGUCCUGCCGGUAUACCUGCCAACACGGCAAGAAUACGAGACAUUGAUGGUGACGGAAAGGCCGACUAUCUGGUCGUCUAUGAUGGUGGUGCCGUCAAGGCGUUCCGCAAUACCCUGGACGAGGGUGGCCGCAAUUGGGACGACUUGGGUACUAUUGCACCCGGCAUAUCGGGCAUCACGGGCGACAUGAUACGGUUCGCAGACAUGGAUGGCGACGGCCUGGCCGAUUUCCUCGCCGUUGCCGACGACGGAAGCAUCCGCAUGUGGAAGAACCUUGGCAUCACCGGCACCAAGGGCUCAAGCCUUCGCUUGGCCGACUUGACGGGCAAUGGCCGGGAUGACUUGAUCUCGGUCGAUGCCAAGGGUCGGGCUCGCGCUUGGCUCAACAAGGGCGUCGACCAGUGGGAGUCGAUCGGCGAGAUCGCGCCUGGCCUUGAUGAAGAUCUCUCAGACUCACGUAUAGAGUUUGCCGACGUCAACGGUGACAAGCGCGCCGACUACUUGGUUAUCUACGGUGGCGGGGCUGUCAAGGCGUAUCUGAACAACGGAAACUUCCCCAACCCAGGAGAUCGGCGGAUCUGGCAGGACGGCGUCGUCAUCGCGCCGGGCCUUGGAGAGCCUGGCAGCAAAGUCAGAUUCGCAGAUCUCGACGGAGACGGCUAUGACGACUUCCUCAUCCUAUACGACGGCGGAGCGGUCAAGUACUGGCAGAACAACAAGAACAUCCCCCCCAGGGACGGCGGUCGUAUCUGGAAGGAGGGCAUCGUCGUGGCCACCGGUGUCGGCGAGCCUGGCAGCAAGAUACGAUUCGCCGAUCUCACGGGAGACGGCAAGGCCGACUACAUCGUCCAGUACGAGGGCGGCGCCGCGAAAGGCUACCGCAACAAUGGGAAGAUCCCUAUUGGCGAGGGCCGCAAGUGGAAUGACAUGGGCACUAUUGCCGGCGGCGUCAGCCCCCAGGGCCCUGUCCAUUAUGCGGAUAUCAAUGGCGAUGGAAAAGCUGACUACCUUAUCGUCUUCCAUGGGGGGGCCAUCAACGCAUAUAUCAACGACAAUGACUGGACGCCCAAGCUACCGGAUAAACCCGACCAACCUACCCCUGGCGAGCCGGGCGAUGGUGAUGGUGACGGCAAUGGUGGUAGCGGCGACGGAGACGGCGACGUUGUAUACAUUGACCCCAAAAUCUGGAGCUCCGAGAAACCGACAGCAGGGUGCCAGCCGCCCUGUACUCUCGUCCUACCACCAUGGCCGCUCUCCUCCAAGACUACAAUCAGCUUUCCCGUCAUCACCGAGACCAUCAAGGAGACGUGGCCUGAAACCACCAACGGUAUUACCAAAUAUCGCACAACAACAAUCACCGUUCGCAUCACGCUCCCGCCUCUCAUAACAUCUGAGAUUGAGGUGUCCAACAUUGUUCUGACAGCAUCCACCUCCAAGUCUGUCCCUAUACGAGGCAGUGUCAUUCCGUCACCUGUCACAUUGACUGAGCCCACUCACGACAUCACUUACACGUACAAGCCUGGGCCGUUUCCGACUGGCACUAACGAUGAUGACGAUGAGAAUGAUGAUAUUGAUAUCGGGCCUCCGGCAGGUAUUGCUCCGGGCAUUAUCGUCACUCCUGGACCGCCUGGGCCUAUCUGCAAAUCUGGCUGCGGCACUCUCUGUCUCUUUGGCUGUAGUCUGGGUGGAGGCGGCGGGGGUGGAGGCGGCGGGGGUGGAGGCGGAGGCUCGAUCGGUUGUAUUGGCGGCGGAUGCCCUGGACCAGGAGGAAACUGUGUUGGUGCAGGAUGCGAAGAGAGAAACGGGGAAGAUGAUGAUGAUAAUGAUGAUGACGAUGACGAUGACGAUGACGAUGACGAGGAAGAGGACUGUGCGACGGAGACCAACACCGAGUGCCAUCAGGUUUGCACGACGAAGCCCUGCGCCACUGUCUGCAACACGUAUAUUGGCUGUGACUGCACCACCUCGUCAGUAACAGACUACUGGGUAUCGUGUAAAUCCUCCUCAUGCACCACCACAUCGACCGAGAUCAUUACUGGCUGCUUCCUGAGUGCAACUGCCACAACAACGGGCUCAUCCUGUCCACUCAUCACCGUCGACCCCCAGAAGGACGACCUCGGCGACGACGAUAGCGGGCAUGGCAAGCUGGGCAAGGCCUACGAGACCACCUUCUCUCCAAGCGUCAUUAUCAGUUCAAGGCCAUACCCCGUCAAUGAUGGCUACGUGACCGUUGAUAAGACGGCCUACCCCAUUCCCAACGUGAAGUCGGUGACUAAGACCAAAUUGCGAGGAACCUCGGCUAUCAUUCUCCCUUCUCAUAUCGGCACUGCCAUCUCUAUCACGUUGACGGACAUCAAAGUCAUCACCACCUCAUAUCCAAAGGCCACGACAACGGUCGGGAAGUCAACAACCACCACCAAGACAUCAGCAACUGUCAUAUCCUACCCGACCAACACGGCCAUUAACGAGGGCGAAGGCUACUGCUUCGCUGACCGCUCCGGCUAUCUCGAGUUCACUAUUGAAGAGGCGCAGCAGGUCAUCGAGUCGUUCUGCUCCUCUAGUUACGUGCUCGACCCCGACAACGCGGUGGGGCAGAACAUUGCGCUCGAGGAGGAUGGCUAUACGGUCAUGGUGUCGGCAGAGUGGGCGCCCGACCAGAGCGGGUGCGGAACUAAGGAGCCUUUCCCCUUCGCCGAGGAUGACUUCAACUUUGACCUCUGCCUGGCUGGCUGGAACACUGCCUUCUUCUGCGAGGAUCAGGAGGCGGAUGUGGAGUCUAGCUACGGAGGGGCAUACGUUCUUGACCCUCCUGAGACAGGCGGCUGCAUUCUUCUAAGCUUGUUUGCGUAUGAUACAUCUACCAUGAGACUCAUGGCUCAUCCGAAGGGUGUGCAACCGCUGGUGCCGCCUACGGUGAAUACGACACAUAUGGGUGAGGAGCCUACGUGGGUUCCAAGCAACAGGCCUGGUGUUCCCAAAGUAUGGCCUGCUUCCGAUGGCUCGUCGUCUAGGCAGCGCAAGUUGUUUAACUCGGCAAAAGGCAGUCAGGCGGCAAGCCUCUUUUUAAAUUAA